AUGAGAAUUAUUCCAAUACAAAUAUUUGAACAUAACUAUUCUUAUCUAAUUGUUGAUAAUAAAGCAAACGAAGCUGCAGCAGUUGAUCCAGCUGAUCCACAGAAGGUUCUGGCUAUACUUGCUCAAACAGGCGCGAAGUUAACUUCAAUAUUAACAACUCAUCAUCAUCAACGUCAUUCUAUGGGUAAUAUUGAAUUGGUUUCAUCAAAACCAAAUCUUGCUGUUUAUGGUGCUGAUGCACGUAUACCAGAAUUGAAUUAUGUCUGUAAGCAUAAUGAAGAAUUCACUGUUGGCACAUUGAAAGUUCGUUCAUUUCAUACACCUUCUCAUACCAAAGGAAGUGUGUGUUAUUAUGUACGUGAUGGUAACGAAAUGAAUGAAGAGUUGGAAAAGGCCGUAUUCACUGGUGGGUGUGGAAGAUUUGCUGAAGGAGAGACUAAAGAUAUGCAUAAUGUUCUUUACAAUAUUCUGGGUAAACUUCCUAAAGAUACUAAAGUUUAUUGUGGUCAUGAAUCUGCUUUGCUUAAUCUCCAAUUUGCAAGUUCUGUAGAUCCUAAUAAUCAAUAUUUGAGUAAAAAAAUAACAUGGGCACAUAUGAAUCAUUGUACUGUUCCAAGUACAAUUGAAGAAGAAUUACAGUAUAAUCCCUAUUUGCGAGUCUCUAAUGGCGCGAAUGGUAUUAGUACUCUUAAUGGACUUGGACUUAGUGGGAUUAAUGGGAUGUCGGAUAGAGAGUGGUCACAUAUUAUGUUAUACAUAUAG